CUGGCCACCCAUUGCGCUCGGCAUCCAGUGCCCUUGCUCCUCUUCAUUGGCGGUUGAGGGGAACUCCCUCCAUGGACGAGCCUCCUUCCAUGUCAAAACUCCUUCCACCGCUGCUCCGCCACCAUGGACGCGUCGUCUUCUGCCAUGCUCUUCUACUCAGUCUCUAGCUCUCCGAUCGUGCUCCCUCCCUCGUGUGUCUCCAUGUCCAUCUGGAACCCGUCAACCGAAGCAGUGACAUACUACUCGAUUAAUGCUCCAACCAGGUUCGGCUGCCGCCCGCCUCAUCGACGCGGCAUGGCCCUCCACCUCCAUCCUCAAGCACGCCGACGUCUAGGCGUUCUUACCUGCCUCCUUCACGAUCCACUCUUGUUGCAGCGACAACAGUCUGUGGUGGCGUUCUGCUGCAACGGCUUAGCUCGUCACUGCCCCGGUCACGGUCAAGAACAGAUACCUCAGGAUGAGGCGCAUGGAGGUUGCUGCGAUGUGUUCGUGAGAGGUCUAGGUCAUCGUAUCCCAGUCAACUUUGGGUUGCUGAAUCGUUGUCUCUUUAUGAUGUAAUUAUUUAUUUAUUUUGUAUAGAACUCCUAUUGUAUAAUAAAGUUGUGACAUUCAUUUUUGUACCACUAUUCAUCAUAUGUGUGAGAUUUGGUCC